AGUUUUAAGUCGUUUAGUUUUGUCUUGUAAUCAAUGAAGCCUAUGUUCUACCAUGUUUGUUUACAAUGUUGUUCUGUUGGAGGAUUGGAUGAUUUAUACAGGGAUGCAGUUCUACAAACAAGUGGCAAGAACUUCAAAGAGACAGUGGAGAACAUUAAGGGCAGAUUUCUGGAGCUGCUGAAUGCAUGUGGCAUCAAGGAUGCAGACAUCCCGCUGUUUGAUGAGCCCAGUUCUAUUCAUUCCAAGCAUCAAACUCUGAUCACCAGCUUUGGAAUCAUGUCCAAGAGCCCCUCACACAUUACACCACAGAGAAUCAGCAGACAUGCACGCCGCGACCCCUCCGUCUACGCCGACAUGCUCAUCGAGCAGCUUCUGGCUCAGGCAAACUCGCUCACAGAUUCCGACAACUCCCCGCCCAGCAUUGACGUCACCUCCAUCCACGAGGUGUCUUAUAUGGGAUCUGAAGUGCGUGACCACCGCGUCGCCACGGAUGACUCGUACAUUCCUCUGGCACCCAUCCAGCUCAGUUUCACUAACACUUCCGUGUCCCUGUCCCCUUAUGUCCCACCUGACCAGCUCUCGCCCGCCCCCACACACCAGAUUCCAGACUCACAAGGCGGCUACAAGACCAGCCACCUCCACAUUCCAUCAAGCACGGGUAGACAAACACCCUACUGCACGACAACAGACAGCGGCCUCACAGGCUCGGAGCACUCGCCGCAAGCAUCGCACAUCAGAAAAGACUCAGCACCAGCUCUACCAAGUCAAAACAGGUCAUCUAUCACGCCAGAGCUCCCCACAUCCGAAUCAUCCGAUUCUUUGGACAUUAAAUUUGCCUCGCUGUUUGACAGAAUGGACAGUUCAGAGGUCAUGCGAGCAUGUCGUACACAGAACUUUGCUUCUCCUGUACUCACUCAGAGAGUAUACACCAGACAAGCUCUUGGUUCCAGCACAAUUGGAUCCCCAGCGUUUCCAACACCAUCCUCAGCUAGCAACAUCAGGCCGAAACCUUCUCCAUACCACGACCCCCUCGUGGUGGCACUACCACCCCAGACACCACCCCGACCAGCCAAGCACUACCUUGACAGACACAACUACAACACGGACAACUACAAACCUCACCUCAUGGAUAAAAACACCAGUGUUGAGUCGGAUACAGAAUCCGCAAGACCACCCAUACCUCCAAGGAGGCCUUUAACAGAUUCAAAGAUUGGACGCCUUUUUCUUCAAUCAGAAUCUAGAGAGCUCGGAACAAUGUGGGCGUCAUCUGAAUCCAAAUUGGAAGCAUCUACUGAAAGAACAUUAAGAUAUGUUGAUUCAGUUCAUAGUUCUAUACAAAGUGAACACAGCGUUCAUCAAGUCAGUUACCAAAGAACACUUUAUGAACAAAGCCCUUCUGAAUCUGUUUCAAGAAGUGCAUCCAAACGAAGAAAAGGAAAUGACAGAACAUCCCUGCCCAUGACACCCAGCACCUCCUACCAACCAUUCCCCACCAAAUCCGCCAGACAAAGGCUGUCUUUUACCCCUGAUUCCAGCCCCACCCGCUCUACCCCUAGCCAUUACUCCCCCCUCUCCCCCUCCAAGAGCUCCACCAGCUACAGGAUGAGGAGAAAGAAGCGCCAGUCCCCAGCCAUGCGCAAGCUGAUGCAGGAUAAAGAAAACAACAGCUUGUCCCCCGUUGUUGUCAGCUCACCCAGAAGGAAACCAUUUUCUGACUUUUAUAACAUCAAGCUGAACUACUCCGACACGACCUCUUCCAACAGCCUGAACACAUCCUACCCCAAGUCCAGUGAGACCUCACCCGAGCUUAGCCUACCCAGCCGGGAGGAAGAACUACGUGAUCGUGACGCCUACUAUUGUGAUUUUACUUUAGACAGACAGCAUAAGAUUGACACCUGUAGCACCAAACCAUCCAGGUCUCAAAGCUCAGCUGACGACUCCCCCUACACAAUGGAAGACCCAGGCACCGGAAUGUUGCUAGUCAGAACAGUCGAAGGUGCCGAGAGCUCCCCAACUAACUUUGUCUUCAGACCCCCGCCUUCUGAUCUCAGGGCCCCACGAGCUGUCGCCCGCACCAAAAAACGCGCCAGCCCACUCAAAUCUUCAACCCAACCAGCCACUCACCGUCGGCCUUUCUAUCCCAGUGAAAACGUAGUCUCAAGCUCGUCAAGGUCACGGUCAUCUUCAAGCAAUCCCAGCUCUCGUCCAUCAUCCAAGCACACAUCCAGGAAAUCCAUCAGCAGCCAUGGAAGCAAAAGUCACCCUAUUGCGUCGUCUACUUUAAUUCUAGAACCAGACUCAACCAGCCCGGAGUCUGGGAGUGUUUACACCUGGUCCAUUGAUGAGGAAUCAAGUCCAUGUAACUUAGAGAAAUCUUACAUCCGCAGCACAACUGUCAAGAAAAGGCCAACAUCAAAAACACAUAAACAUCAGUUUGUUCAGGAGAGAGCCAAAAACUUAAACCCAAAUGACACUCUAGAGAUCAGUGCUAUGGUGUCACAUAUAGAAAUCGCCAAUCGCACAAGUUGUCUUGUAGGUCAAAACAUCAACAGCAUGAUCGAAGACAGCACUCUUGGCGCCUUCAGCAACAGAUCAGACUCACAAUCUUCUAUCCCGAGAACCAGCACCAAAAGUUCAUUGGCUGAAAAAUUCAUAGUGGCCGGAGCUUGUUCAUUCCUGAAGACCCUGAAUACGCAGGUGAGCGAGGUCUACUCCAGCCAAUCAUCCAAGGUCUCUACAGCAUCUGCUAUGUUUAAUCAGGCUAAAGGUUCCAUCGUCUGCUCCUCCAACGAGGCAAGCGAAGUUCCAGAAUCCUCCGGUACAGUUUAUUCCAAAUUAAUAUCCGCAUCCGAGCCCAACCUGAGACUACACUGCCAGUCGGAGGUCGAGGCCACGCACUCUUUGGUCCCGUCUGACACUGACACAACGCCAGAGAUCAUCUCAGUCUUGGACGACAGGCCCCACAUUCCUGGUAAAUCCAGCACCAGUGGAAGCAGUUCCUGCACCGCAGCUCGGUGCCGGCCUCGAGUCAUCCACCAGUCCCCAGCCAAACUAUCUCAGGCCACGGGUGACAGUAUUCCUGCAAACAGUGUGGAGGGUGAAGGUCAGUCCCACGUCAACCAAGAUCUACUGGACUCCAUUCUAACCGACAGCCCAAAGAGCGUUGACUCCAGUGGUAUAUUCGUCCCUUACAACUCCUACAACUCCCCUGUUGAAAGCGUGGGCACCCACAAUGGCUACUCCAGCACUGUCAGCAGUUGUGUGUCUUCAGAUACCAACUACUGCACAAACCAACGCGGGUAUGUUGCACCACCCCCUACCCCGCCUCACGCCAGGCUAGAAUUAUCUCGACACACCCCUAAUAACACUGCAUCACAAACAAUCACAGCUGCGGCCCAGGCGGCAAGCCCUGCUGUAGAACCAGAAUUCAAGCGGCCGUUCACUCCAGCACCACAUGUCAAUCUGGCAUUACGUCCAUCCAUGCGCGGCCUUCACACCCUGCGACCAGCCACGCGGAACCAGGGCGUGACGACACUGGCAGCCCAGCAGACGCCAGAGAAACCUUUGUCUGUGAGAAGUGACCCUCUAGCAGCCAGGUCACUGUUUGCGGUGCCGCCCAGUGUUGUGACAGGGCCACCAAAGAUCAAGGACAAAAAGUCACUGGUGCGCAAACUGAAAAAAUUCAGCAGCAAUUUUUACAAGAAAACAGAAAAGAUCCAGACACUAGCCAACUUGUGAUAAACUCUUUUUAAGCCACCUGAACUGUACCUUGUUUUAUCCAACUUUUUAUGUGAACAAAGACUCAAUUUUAACUUGUAUAAAUCAACAUCAAUUUUAACAAGCUCAUUUUACACAUGAAAUGGUCCAUUUCUUAAAUAAUCAAAUGUUUUAUAAAUUUGUUUUUCAUUAUUUUAUUGCUAUCUUAAAUCACACCUUGGGCUUUCUUAAGGUUGCAGUGUUUGUAAACAAUGUAUUAAUUCAUACACUGAUAGAAUAUAUAUCAAACUCCGCAAUGUCUUUGAAAAAUGAUCUUAAAGCCAAAGACUGGCUCUGUUUUGUUUUUGUUAACUAUUCCCGUAUAACAAUCUUUCCCUAACAAGUUGUCAAGCACAACACAAUUCUGUGAUUUUAGGAUUUAAGUGUAUCAUAGUUUUAAUUUAUAAUUUUAUUUAUUUAUUAUGUAAAUAUUUGUAUGUACUUGCGUAUGAAAGACAGCGAGUGGGGAAGUUUUAAUUACGUAAUCCUGGUGAUUUGUUAUGGCUUUAAUUGCCCCAAAUUUCUGUUUGUUCAGAAAUUUCUUCUUUCUUCCCUUUGUAACAUUAUCUAUCUUAACUUCACACUUUCCCUCCAUUGCCUUGCUUAACAUAUUUUUUCCUCAUCACUUUACUCGUCUUUACAUUGCUUUCUUUUUUCCAUUCUCAUUUCAUCACUUCACUUAAAUGUAUUUAUAUGUAAAUAUGUUCCAUUUCUCUGUAUUUUAUUACUGUAAAAACAAUUUUUUAAAGUUUUGACACAAAAUAAUUCCAGUACCUUGUUGUUAUACCAUGAAAUUUUCCAGAAAGUAUGCAUACCGGUAUUGUUUUUGUUUUGGCAGUUAUCCAUAAAUCAUGUUAAGGAUCAGCAAUAUACAAUUUAAUGUAUAGCUGUUGAUGAAAUUAAGCUUCAACAUUUUCUGUUACAAAUUUUGCCAUGCAACAAGUUAUCUUGGUAUCGCAGAUAACUGACAUGCCAAGUUAAAAUUUGUAAUAAACUAUU